UAAGCGGCCCAUCAAAGUUCGGGGCUUCGUGCCUCUUCUUACCAAAUAACUUUCGGGCCACUUAUCUCGUGCUAUACUAUGUCUUCUUAGUGCUAGGCUUCUUCUUCCUCCCUCUUCUCUCACCAUCCCAGUUGAAGAUGCAAUUGCCAUGUCUCCAUCUCUGCAACUGCAAGACCUUGUCGCCGAUCCCUCUAUUAGGGUUCCGACACAGCCUCAGAUUGGACCACGCCUCGCCCAAUCUCCAUUUUCGCCGGAUUUCCGGCUACGAACCGAGCCAUAGGAGGGCGAAUUGCCAUAGCAAACGUCAUGAGCGCCAUAGCACGAAUUCCCGAGACCGAGCACCGAAACCGAAGGGAAAGAAGGAAAAUAUUUGGAGCCUCGACAAUGAUAUGGCGAAAUCAACGGCUGGGAGAGAGAACGAAAGAUCGAAGCAGGAGAGGAAGAAGAAAGGAGGGCGUGCGGUUCAGGGGAAACGGUCCAGAGGGGGAAGUAUCAUGGUCUCUGGUGCCUUGCUUAUGGAGGUUGAGACUGUCCUCCAGACUCAGGAACCUGUGAUUAGGCCUCUCUGGAAUACGUUUGAAAGUAGCGUGAGUGGGAUAUGGAAAGGGGUUGGGGCAGUUUUCUCCCCCAUCACAGCUGAAAUGGAGCCCAUUGAAAUUGGGAAGAAGGGGAAAGAGGUUUAUGACUGCUAUACUCUUUCCCGCGUCGAAGCUGUGCCAUCUCCAUCUAAAGGGCAGCCGUCUCAAAUACAUAGAAAGAUAAAUUGGGCGACUUUCAAUCCACAAGGUGAAGUGUUGCAGAGUGGUGGAGGUAGUAAUAAAGUAAAAUUUGAGCAUGAAGAAGGGCACGCUUCUUUAUCAUCCAACGGAGCCAUUGAUGCCGGUGUAGGAAAUCAGAUGUUGCCUAAUUAUGAGUCUUUUGACUUGAAAUCGAGUGAUGUGAUGGAAGAAGAUGUGAUGGGCAAUGAACCUGGUCUGGUUUUCUUUGAGGAUGGAUCAUAUUCAAGAGGGCCCGUCAUGAUUCCAGUUGGUGAAGUUGAUGAUUCCAACUACUUCAUGUCUCCAACUUUUAAAUUUGAACAGUGUUUGGUCAAAGGUUGCCACAAGAGACUGCGUAUUGUGCAUACUAUUGAGUUUAGUCAAGGAGGUGCAGAUGUGCAGAUACUAAGAGUUGCCGCAUAUGAAGAACAGUGGGCCAGUCCUGCUAAUCUUGACGACCAAAGUGACGCAGAAUUUGAUUUGAAGCCAUUUUCACAGCGGAGAAGGUUGCGGCCAUCAGAGCUCAUUGGAUCCUGGAAAGUGUUUGAGAUGAGUGCUACUCCAAUUUUUGGUCAGGAGAUUAUAUCGGACAUCAACGACAAUGGUUCUUCCCCGUAUGUCUACCUUUGCACUGAGACCUUGAAGAAGCGGAGCCUGCCAGGAAAUUCUGUCCAUUUUGGUGAAGAAGAGAUGUUAGAUACACAAGAUGUGACGGUUCUUUGGCUCCCAGGUGGUGUGACAGCUUAUGUCGAUGUCAACAAGGAAGGCAUCCUUUGCAUUGGUGUUGGCUGGUAUUCGGAUGAAGGCAUAAACCUUGUGAUGGAAAGGGAUUAUGAUCUGGAUGGAAACUUGAAAGAGGUUCGCUCCAAAACUGAACUCAAACGACGCUGGUCUGAUUAA